AUGCCCAAUACACCGGUGGAAUGGUAUGUUGACAGAAAUGCUGUUGGAUUGGAAGAUUUAACAAAGAUAUGGGCCUAUGCAGAUAGGCUCAUCCCUCGGGUUGAUUUUAUUCGGGGUGAGCUACCCACUAGUUCUGUCUACAAGCAUAAGUUAAGCGUAGGAUUCCAUUCAUGA